AUGACACCCCCCGCCAUUAUCGCGCCCUCCAUCCUGAGCGCCGACUUCUCCAACCUCGGUCAUGACUGCUCCCGUAAGAUGGAGCAAGGCGCCGACUGGCUGCACGUCGAUAUCAUGGACGGUCACUUCGUCCCUAACAUGACCAUCGGAUGCCCCGUCGUGUCUCAGAUCCGUGGCUGCGUCGACCGACCCCUUGAACCCUGCGCUCGCGGCACCUUUGACUGCCACAUGAUGAUCAUGGAGCCUCACAAAUGGGUCCACGAGUUUAAAAAGGCCGGCUGUGACCUCUACUGCUUCCACUACGAAGCCGCCGUCUCCUCCGUCGCCGCGACCGAUCCCACCGACAAAACCACCACCGCCCGCACCUCUCCACGCGAAUUGAUCAAAUACAUCCACGAGGAGGGCAUGCAAGCCGGUGUCGCCAUCAAGCCCGAUACCCCGGUUGAUGUGCUCUGGGAUAUCCUCGACAGCCCCGACCUGAAUGAGCGACCAGACAUGGUCCUCGUCAUGACCGUCCACCCCGGUUUCGGCGGCCAGAAAUUCAUGGCCUCGGAAUUGCCCAAGGUCUCCGCUUUGCGCGCCCGGUAUCCCGAUCUCAACAUUGAAGUCGACGGUGGUUUGGGCCUGGGAACGAUCGAUCAGGCCGCUGAGGCUGGCGCGAAUGUUAUCGUGGCGGGCUCUGCGAUCUUCGGUGCUGCUGACCCGGCCGAUGUCAUUGCUAAAUUGCGCGAUGCUGUGCAAAAACGCCGGGGGAUUGAGGCAUAG